AUGGAGAGCGGAUACCUAGACCAGGCAGAGCAUGCAGGCGAAGGCUGUGAGCUUGAUGACGCUGUUUUUGCUAAGCUUCCAACAGGCUGUAGUGUACUCAAAGUGGCACCAUCAGGCCAUAGUCUUUGGGUGGCCACGGUUCAGAUUGUGGUUCAGUUGGAAGAUGGAACGAUGAAAGAGUACUUCAAGAAGGGUGCGCGUGGUGCAAUUGGAAUGGAGAUGAUGAGAGGCACAUUCGAAGCUGAACAGGCUCUAUACACCUUUUCUCCAGGCCAGGUCCCAAAGCCCAUCGGUUGGGGAACAUACACCAUCGAUCCAAACACGCACUUCUAUCUUAGCCAGUUCGUGGAAAUGAGAGAAGACCUCCCCAGCCCUGGGGAUUGGGCGGCUUCUGUGUGGGAGCUCCAUGCUAACAGCAUGGGGAAAAGCUCAACCAGAAAAUUCGGCUUUCAUGUCACUACUCAUCUUGCCAAUGUUCCAGUCAACAACUCGUGGAACUCUUCUUGGGAAUCAUUCUGGAGACAGCAGAUGAAGGGUCUGUUCGACCAGGACGACCGCGUUCAUGGCAUGGACGAUGAGUUGACAGCGCUCAAGAUGAUAUUUCUCCACGAAGUGAUCUCGAGAUACCUUGCUCCACUUGAAAGAGAAGGACGAUCUGUCAUGCCCUGCCUCAUUCACUCUGAUCUAUGGCCUGGGAAUAUCAAGCCGAAGAAAUCCUCAAAUGGAUUAUGCAUGUUUGACGCCUGUGCAUUUUGGGGACACAACGAGGCCGAUUUGGGCAUCUGCCGAAACCCAAGAUACAAGCUUGGUCAACCGUGUAUUCGCGAAUACCUUAAGCGAAUACCUGCAGCCGAGCCCACGGCUGAUUUUGACGGUAGAAACGCUGUGUACGCGAUGAAGUACCACACGCUGCUGUCAAUCAUGUAUUGCUUCAAAGACAAAAGUUUCAGACAAACGCUGAAGGACGAGCUCAAGGAGAUCAUCGGCAAGGCAGCACAAUCGAUGCCACAAGGAGAAGGAGAUGCGUCUUCAGGAAGCCAAGGCCGGCAUAUUCCGAUGAAAGGCGAGUUCUCCGAAUACAAGUCGAGCGUCGUUUCUCUUGACUUGACUCCGAACACGCGCUCCUCCGACAACUCAUCGAGCUCAGCAACCACCAUCAUGCUUGAGCAGACUCUGCAGGCCAUCGGCCUCAUCUGGAUUCUCUAUUCUGCCUACAAGUUCUACGACGCCAUUGCGAUAUGGAUUCUUCCUUCUGUGUCACUGAAAAAAUAUCAGAGGAAGGGCUCAUAUGAGUCCUGGGCACUCGUGACCGGCGCCUCCGCAGGCAUCGGACUGGGAUGUGCGCAAGAACUCGCGCUUCAAGGCUUUAAUAUCGUCUUACUGGGCAACAACGAAGACGAACUGGAGGACGCCCGCGCUCUCAUCGAAUCGGAGUGUCUCCGUCGACACAAGGACGAGAUCGCCGUCCGCAUCCUCAAGGUCGAUGCCAUCACCAGCACACCCGAAAAGGUGCAGGCUGCUGUCGACAACAUGGAUGACUUAAAAAUCACUGUUCUGGUCAACAACGUUGGAGGUGUGUCCGCUCGACCGCCGGCGAUCUGGCAUCUGCAAGACUUCACUGGCGAAGAGGUGGACGGCACCAUCAACCUCAACGCGCGAUUCAUGGCACAGUUGACCCGACUUAUGCUCCCAAUCCUCGCCAAGAACGGUCCUUCUUUGAUGCUCAACGUCAGCUCCGGCGGCAGAAUGGGAAUGCCUGGCGUGGCCGUGUACUCUGGAACUAAGGGUUUCGUUUCUUCCUUCAGCAACGCCAUCGCGAGGGAGAUGAAAGCCGAAAAGAAGAAGGUCGAUGUGCUUUGCCUUGUGGUUGGCGACGUGAAGACGCAGUCGAACGCUGUAGCCAUGCCACCGGGUUCACCAGACGGCAGAGAAUUCGCCAAGGCCGCCUUGAAGAGAGCGGGCAGAGCAACUCAAAGGGGCAUGCUGGAAAUGACGCCUUGGUUCAAACAUGCAGUCCAGUUGGUACUCUUUGAUUGUAUGCCUGAGUGGAUGCGGAUGAAGUUCAUGUCUGAGCUGUUCAAGAAGAAGGUUGAGGCUCAUAAGAAGGCUAAACACGAAGGAUCAUACUCAGAACAAAGGGAUGAGCGGCAGUCGCCUCAACGAGCAUGUUAG